GUUACUUCCCCGUGCGAAUACGACAAUGUGGUCCCGGGUUCUCACCGAAAGUUGGAAUUAACGAAAAUGAUGUUUGUUUUUAACUCCUCGAUAUUUUAUUGCCUCUUUUGAAGAAUGACAGCCAUUCUAGCAAUUAAGUGUGAUGACAACAGAUGCCCGAGAGUGCCAGUCCUGUUGCCAUGACAACAGGGACCCAGGCAGCGAUGUGUCAGAGUCAGCAGAAAUUGAUGGAGGCCCCAAGUUUGUUCCACAGCUGUAUGUACAGAGAUACAGCUUCGUUCCGAAAUGUCCUGCAUCAACAUCUAGUGACAAGUGUUGCAGAUAUUGGCUGUGGAGAAUGUCGGAUGGUAACUCUACUGAAGACAGUUCCAUGUAUGGAGAGCAUCAGCCUGGUUGACCUGGACAAGCGGCUCCUGGAAUCCAAGAAGGACUGUAUCAGACCUCUGAUAUUUGACUACCUACACCAGAGGGAGAAGCCCCUGUGUGUCAGACUAUUCCAUGGAGACGCCACAGAGCUGGACUCCAGACUGCAGGGCUGUCAGGCUGUCACCAUGGUAGAAUUCAUAGAGCACCUAGUACCAUCUGACCUUCAAAAGGUCAUAGAACGUGUAUUUGGUGACCUUGGACCACGUCUGGUUGUCAUGACAACUCCAAAUGCAGAGUUUAAUGUACUGUUUCCAAAUUUUACUGGUUUCCGACACUGGGAUCACAAGUUUGAAUGGUCAAGGACAGAGUUCCAGAGUUGGUGUGGAGAUAUCUGUGAUAAGUACCAAUACAACGUGACCUAUGACGGUGUUGGCAACGCCCCUGAGAGCUCCGCCCAUGUCGGUCACUGUUCCCAGGCAGCCAUUUUCACCAGAACACCGGAAGCAAGCAGUGCACACACUGUUGGUAGUCCCUGCUACACCCUGAUUGCUGAAUGUGAUCACCCCUACAAGGAGAACAAGUCCACUGUAGAGGACAGACUUGCACUGGAAGUACAGUACCACAUUCGGCAACUCACCCUGAACUCUGACCUUGAUGAGAAUGAAGGUCAUUAUGUGAUAGCUGUGGAGAAGUUGUUUUCCUUCCGGCCAAUCAAAAAUAUCUGUGAUAUUGACAAGCUCAGGUCUUAUCUUCAUUCCUGUUAUACCCUCACCGAUGAUGGAGAGAAUGUUCUUGUGCCCCAUGAUGACAGUGAUGAUGACCUUGAGAGGUCAUGGGGUGAGGGACAGAGUUGGGAUUCACACAAUGUCAUGUCACAGAAUUUCAAAGAAUGGACUGAAACUGAAGAAGCCUGGGACUAAUGCUCUUUACAAGUUCUGGAUAUUUAAUGAAGAUCAAAUGUGCCUUUCAUCAUGCUCAAGAACCUGGUUACCAUGGUUACUACCUCUUGCCUUUAACAUUUUUAUGAGACCUACUACUGUAACUAUGUUAUGUCAUGAGUUUAGAGUUAAACAUUUUAUCACCUUUUGUUUUGAAGUGAAACUAAAGUGAUAUAUUUGUAAUGAACAUUCAAGUUUGCACUCGAUAAAACAUGGUGCUUUUCAGAUUAUUUGAUUCCCUUCUUCGUAUUCUUAAUUUGAGUCUGUAAACUAUUUGUUUUUCUUGCCUUUUGUCUGAUGUUUCUGUUAUCAUUCAGUUUAAGGUAUGUUCUGUAUCAGUAAAGGGCCUGAGUUAUAGUCCUAUGUUGAUGUUAUAAAAAUGUUACCGAGAAAACUGUAAUUUCAGUGAAAUGGUUCCCUUUAGCUUGUUAUUUUUAUGUUGUUUUACUGGAAUACUCCAGUAGGAUUUGUUUCUUUCUUUGAUGUGUAUCCAGAUUAUUUUUCCAAAUGAAUAAGAUUAUACUUUUACAAAAUCCACUGUUAUAUUUAUAUUUUAGAAAGUAAGCCCUGUAACUGCUGAAGACUGCACCUGUGUGUAUUUUCUAUUCAGCAUGAAAUUAUCCUAUACAGGGAAGCACCUUGCUUGGUAGAGUUGUGUCCCUUAGCUGUGCCAAGAUCUGCUGUGCCAUGAAUUAAGGUCACUGAUGUACUUACUGUGAUUCUUUGUCUGACAGUAUUAUACGUGUACAUGUAUUCUUUUGUUUCAAUGUUGGCCCCCCUUUUGCAUAAUUACUGCUGCAAAUGAAACAAUUCUAAUCUUAGGAGAAUUUCUGUGGCAAAGGAUAGUUUAAUAAAUAGUGUUUCAUA